UGAAAACGAAGCGCCGAGCGGGUGCCGAAAGAUGAAGGGUGUGUGUAUGCGUGUCAAGAAAUAACUUGAAGCUCCGCUGAUAAAUUAGGAACGUGCAGGUUUUUUUGGGGGGGGAGUCAAUUUCCGGCUUUAAAUAAAAGCGGCCAUAUUGGACGGCCUAAGAGGCGCUCUAGCCGUAGCUUCUCCGUAGUGGAAGAGGCCGCGCUCGAGAAAUAAAGGCGUAAAGGAAAGGCGGAAGUCGCGACCAGAACACCGGCUACAAAGUCUUUCCACCUCUGUAAUACACCCCCCAUUACGUAUAAGCAUAGGAAAGAACGGUGUGUGUGGUCUUUUCCUUUUAAUAUCUGAGGGGAGGGGGGGCGGCAGAGAGGGCGCGGCCUGAGAACUACGACUCCCACAAUGCAUCGCGCGGCAGCCGCCAUCUUUUCCAACCCGCUCAAACUUUUCCCUCCCCGGUCAGGCACCGGCUUAGGCAGCCCAUUCCCGAGGUCCUCGGAGCGGGGUCUCUUUGCCGCGGUGGAUUGUGGGCCUUUCUCUUUCCUCCUUGGGAUCGUCGGACGGCACGAUGGGUGAGUGGCUCCGAGUCGCGGGCGCCACGUUAUCCCAGUGGGAGCGGCGAGGAGAGAGAGAGACCCCGCGGCCCCUGUUAUGCAGGGGGAAUGAUGCCCUCUCCCCCUUCAGCCCUUUCUAGAGCUCCCGCAGCCGCCCGAUCCUUUGAGAUGUUAGGCGCACGGCCGCCUCCGACAGGCGCAGGCCUCGGAAGUCGCGCACGCGGCUUGUAAUGACCGCUGGAACUCGCUGCCUCAAGAUGCGGCGUUGCCCGUUAAUUAAAAAGUGCGCGUAGAAAGGUCGCUCAGCGGCUAGGAGGAAGGCUGGGGAAUGCUUCAACUCAGUGAAAUCUAGUUGUCCACUGUAAGGAAUAAGGCAGUGGAAUAAUUUAAGGCUUGAGGGAUCAGCCCCCCGCCCCCCGUUGAAGUGCAUGGCUGUAUGAAUCAGGGUAUAAAAAUAAAAGAAUAGGAAAUACUUCUUUGCAGGGGAAGUGCCAAUCGUUAUGCCUGCGAAUUAUUAUUUGAAUGGAAGAGGUGUGCAGCAGACAUAUCUGCGAAAUCUGUGUGGUGCCAUAUAAACUUCCUCCAGGAUUACAAGUGUUACUGCAUGGAGUAUCCUGGGUGAACUAUUAGGAAGCUGGGGUUUGCAGUUCAGCUUACUAUAGUUUACAAGAUGGGCACCACGUUCCAGGUCCUGCAGUUCAAAAACUCAUGUUGUGAUCAUAAUGAAUCUAGAAAUGUUGUGUGUGGUUUACAUGCAGAUAUUUGGUUCUAAAGUUGUUUGGAGUUAUUUUCUCCCUUGAAUUUUGAAUACAGUGGUACCUCGGGUUAAGUACUUAAUUCGUUCCUGAGGUCUGUUCUUAACCUGAAACUGUUCUAAACCUGAAGCACCACUUUAGCUAAUGGGGCCUCCUGCUGCUGCCACGUCUCCGGAGCACAAUUUCUGUUCUCAUUCUGAAGCAAAGUUCUUAACCCAAGGAAUUUCUGGGUUAGGUCUGUAACCUGAAGCGUAUGUAACCGGAGGUACCACUGUACUUUGCAUAUAUUGCAGAAGGAAUGGAUGGAACUCCAAAAGUACUAAGGAUCACUACACAUGCAUAUAGGGUUCUGAGGGUCACAAUCCAGUAAUGUGAACUAUUUUCAUUGACCAGGAGAAAUAUCCAUCCACAAGUUUGUGGUAUACGAGGUGUUAAUCACAGACCACCCUAUUUCCAGGUUUUAUCGGCUACCACCAAGGCUUUAAAAACGAUUGUGCAAGAAAAAAAGUUUUGGUAUUAGAAAGUGUUCCAUAAGUUUACAGUGUAGUCCCAAAUAUAAAGACAAAAUGGGUAUUGUGAAUUCUGUCACACUGCAGAUAGGGGGUACUAGAGUGAAUUGAGGUACAUGGUGGUUGGUAGUUGUAUGAACUUAGGCGCAUGUCUUCAGUAACCUCUAAUGUACUGUUUUCUAGGCAAGUGUCGCGGACUUCGUACUGCCAGGAAGUUGCGCAGUCACCGACGUGAUCAGAAGUGGCAUGACAAACAAUACAAGAAGGCCCAUCUGGGCACUGCUUUGAAAGCCAACCCUUUUGGGGGAGCUUCCCAUGCCAAAGGAAUUGUCCUGGAAAAAGUGUGAGUUUCAUCAAAAACACGUAUAGUGUGUUCAUUUGCAUCUGCCAGAUUUCCUGUAAAGAAUUUCGUACUGCAUAACAGUACUGGUGACAUAAAUACAGUCUAAAUUGAAUUGUUGAUACACAAGACAGGGGAGCACUGUCAACAUUUGCCUGUUUCCUGCACCUGGAAAUUAGUGAUUUAAUUUAUUCUGGCCCUUAGGAAAUUUCAAGCUUGAGCCAGUCCAGGGAUUAACUGAUUUAAGUCAGCAGUAGGUGUUUCUACAAAUAACAAAUACUUGACUGUUUAGUUAGUCUUUUCAUUUCAAACAUAUUCCAUUUAGGUAUUUUAACUCUUAAGGAAAAAAGUAAGAUAUAAAACUUGCAAAGCUUGAAGUAGAAUUGCCAAUUUGGGUCAUCUAUUGACGCGGGUGGUGCUGUGGUCUAAACCACUGAGCCUCUUGGGCUUGCUUAUCAGAAGGUCGGUGGUUCGAAUCCCCACAACGGGGUGAGCUUCUGUUGCUCAGUCCCAGCUCCUGCCAACAUAGCAGUUCGAAAGCAUAUCAAAGUGCAAGUAGAUAAACAGGUACCGCUCUGGCGGGAAGGUAAACGGCAUUUCCGUGUGCUGCUCUGGUUUCGGUUGUUCCGUUGCACCAGAUGCGGCUUAGUCAUGCUGGCCACAUGACCCAGAAAAACUGUCUGCAGACAAACGCCAGCUCCCUUGGCCUGUAAAGCGAGAUGAGCACCGCAACCCCAGAGUCGUCUGCAACUGGACUUAACUGUCAGGGGUCCUUUACCUUUUAUUGAAAGAUUUAACAGCACAAUCCUAUUAAUAUCUUGUUCUCAUCUAAACACAGUGAAUUCAAGCUGUUCAUACAAAACCAAUUGAUACUUUGAAUAGCUUUAUUUAGUUUGACUUUUGUGAAAUAUAUCUGCUUAGAGUCAAAGUUCUAAUGAAUGUAGUGUUUUUUGCUGUACUAAAUAUACAGUGUCUAUUUCUUCCUUUUUUGUGUUAGUGGCGUGGAGGCUAAGCAGCCAAAUUCUGCCAUCAGGAAGUGUGUCCGAGUCCAGCUGAUCAAGAAUGGCAAAAAAAUAACUGCAUUUGUUCCUAAUGAUGGUUGUUUGAACUUCAUUGAGGUAAUUUAUCAAAAAAAAAUACCCUAAUAAAACAAUAUGCAAAAAAAUACUCCACCCAGUUUUUACUAGUAUGUUUUGCUGCUCUAUGUAGUAGAAACAGGGACAAUACUGCAAUAUUAUUGUGAUUUAAAGCUUUGUAAUUUAAUUUUAUGGUGGUGACUGUAGGAUAAUAUUUCGCACUUGAACUUGGUUUCUAAGAAUCCACACUUUUCUCAAGAAUGGAGAUACAGUAAAUGCAUCUCAGCAGCUCAGGAAAAGAGACACCCCUAUCCAGGGUAGCUCUUGCUAAUAGGGCUGAAGGCUUUGCCAGUGAGCAGAGUGGAGGAGAAUUUGGUUGGCUAUAAUGUUUGAUACUUGCAAACUCCUUAUUCGCAGCGAGAAAAUAAUUGACUUGUUUUGUUUUAAUUCCAGGAGAACGAUGAAGUUCUGGUCGCUGGCUUUGGUCGGAAAGGUCACGCUGUUGGUGACAUCCCAGGAGUUCGUUUCAAGGUCGUCAAAGUAGCAAAUGUUUCUCUGUUAGCCUUGUACAAAGGCAAAAAGGAGAGACCCCGGUCAUAAAGUUAUGUUGUUAUCAAGAUGAUCAAUAAAGUUUUCUUCUAAGAAAUA